AUGGAAUGUCCGAUGAAUGACAUUGCGAUUGCGCUACGACUUGGUGCAACGGAUGUCGCGAUUGAGCUUGUCCAAGAGUCCCUGCAAGCGUGUAUGCAACGGUCGUUUAAUGAUAGGAUCCGGCGAGGUGAAAUGAUUGGCACCUUCCCAUACCUUGCGGAAGAAGAUACAUUGGUUUUCAAUCAUGAAGUUUAUGUCAACGUCCUCCUGUCGCGCUUGGAUGCUGAUGGCAACCAUGCCUUGCACUAUGCUGUGUACUACCAAGACAAUGACUUCUUAACGUACUUGAUCCAUCAAGCAUAUCGGCUUGGACAUUUUGCGCAAUAUAUUACCAGUACCAGCAAAUGCGGAUCGAGCGUCAUGGACUUUUGUGUCGGAUCUUCAAAUUCUCGUUUCAACAAUCGAGUCAAGGCCUUUUACGACGAGGGAUGCAAAACGAUUGAAGAAAAGGAAGAAGCUGAGGCUCGAGCCAAAAGUGUUAUUUCGAUGUUGUUACACUACUUCCAGCAGUUCCGACAGGAUGCGAAUUUAGAUCCAGCCUCUUUCUCUGCUUCUGGUCUGUUGUUGGGAAAGUACAUUGCGCCACCACCUAAGAAUCAACGAUUGGCCGUGAUGAGAAACGUCACUGUAAUGUGCAGUUGUAUCCUUUUGGUUCGAUAUGCGUGGCCCUUCCUCCCUCAAUGGAACCUUGCAGAAUCUUUGAGAGAGGAAGCGAAAAGCGAGGAGCUCUGA